AUGGCUAGAUGGCAGAUUCUGCUAUCUGAUUUUGACAUAGUUUAUGUAAGUCAGAAGGCCGUAAAGGGAAGUGCGAUAGCUGACUUCUUGGCCAGUAGAGCUGUGGAAGACUAUGAGUCUUUGGACUUCGAUUUUCCAAAUGAGGACCUGAUGUAUGUGGCGAGUACCGAAGAAAAUCCUCAAAAGGAUAACGUAUGGAGGUUAAAUUUCGAUGGAGCUUCGAAUGCUACGGAAUAUGAAGCAUGUAUUAUGGGCAUUCGUGCAGCCAUUGAACGAAACAUAAAAGUGCUAAGAGUAUAUGGGGAUUCUGCAUUGGUGAUAUACCAACUUAAAGGGGAAUGGGAGACUAGGGACCCUAAGUUAAUUGAUUAUAGAAAACUGGUCCUCGAAUUGGCUGAUGAAUUUGACGAUAUCACCUUCUAUUAUCUCCCACGAGAGGAAAACCAGAUGGCUGAUGCAUUAGCUACUCUAGCUUCGAUGAUUCAGGUGAAUAGACUCGAGGCAAUGAGGCCUAUUCAAAUGAGUAUCUAUAAGACCCCAGCUCAUUGCUGCAACAUUGAAGAGGAGGGGAAAGAUAAUUGUCCUUGGUAUCAGAAUAUCCUACAGUACGUGAAGAAUCGGGAGUACCCUAAUCAAGCGACAGAGAAUGACAAAAGAACUCUGAGAAGAGCAGCCGUCGAAUAUGUCCUAGAUGGGGAAGUGUUAUACAAAAGAAGGAAAGAUCAGUGGGUGGAAGCUGCUUUAUAUACAAAUGUCACGAAGUCGGCAGUUAGCAAAUUCUUGAAGAAAGAGAUUAUUUGUCGAUAUGGAGUGCCUGAGAAAAUCAUAUCCGACAACGCGUUAAAUUUGAAUAAUAGCAUAAUAGCUGAGUUAGACGAAGCCGAUUGGGUCCAAUCUCGGUACGAUCAGUUGAACCUAAUAGAAGAAAAGAGGCUAAGAGCUAUUCGCCACGGGCAAAUGUACCAGAAACGAAUGAUGCGAGCCUAUAAUAAAAAGGUCUGCCCCAGAGAGUUUUGUGAAUGA